UUAUAGUCAGAAAACAAUUAAAUGUAAAUAACAGUAAAGACCAGAACUAUAGAAAAUAAAUAUGAAAAAGCACAGAGAUGAGAAUAGAGCAUGUGGAACAUAAAGACUAAAGAGCUCCUUUUAUAAAACUUCAGAUUUUUCUUUGAGUUUCCUAGCAGCCAAAGUAACAAGGGAGACUGAAAGUAAAACAAUUCAAAUUUGAUAAUAUUUUUAAAUGAGGAACAACACUUUCAGGAAAUGUUUAGCCCUAGUUUAUCAGGAGGCCACCUUAACAACUGAAUUUUCUCUCUCUCUCUCUCUCUCUCUCUCUCUCUCUCUCUUUCUCUGUAUAUGUAUUUUAGAUAAGUAAAAGAAUAAUUUUAUAAUGCUAGGUCAAACAUACACACAAUUUAAAUUUGAUGUUAAUAAAUAAAAUGCCUUUUCUAUAUAUAUUUUGUUUCACUAUGACUUAUAAUCUGAAUAUUCCACAAACAAACACUUUGGAAAUAUUUAGGGGAAAAAACCAAAAACAUGAAAUUCUAUGGUGGUAGUGCACAGUACUCACAAUUUUAGGCGCAAGGUGUCGCUCUUUCCUUGGUGGAAAGUUCAUGCAAAGGUUGAUCUGAACAGUCAGGCACUCCCAUACAAAGGGACUCCAUCAUACCGGAUGCCACCGUUAAAGGAUUCUUUGAAACUUCUCAAGAAUUCAGAGAGAUUCUUAACCUGAAACUGAAGAAUCUGGCACUGUAAGUGUAAAGAAGUUUAUUUUGGAAGCCAAUUUCGUAUGCAAUGUUUGGUUUUCAGAGAAGGGAAUUGGGUACCCCACGACUGCUGCUCUGGCUUCUCCUACUCGAAUUCUGGGAGGUGGGGAGCGGUCAGCUCCACUACACUGUACCAGAGGAGGCCAAACACGGCACUUUCGUGGGCCGCAUCGCGCAGGACCUGGGGCUGGAGCUGGCGGAGCUGGUGCCGCGCCUGUUCCGGGUGGCGUCCAAGACACAUGGGGACCUUCUGGAGGUAAAUCUGCAGAAUGGCAUUUUGUUUGUGAAUUCUCGGAUCGAUCGGGAGGACCUGUGCGGGCAGAGCGCGAAGUGCAGCAUCCACCUGGAGGUGAUCGUGGACAGGCCACUGCAGGUUUUCCAUGUGGAUGUAGAGGUGAAGGACAUUAACGACAACCCGCCGGUGUUCUCUCUCAAAGAACAAAGGCUGCGGAUUGCGGAAUCUAAGCAACCGGACUCGCGUUUUCCACUAGAGGGAGCUUCUGAUGCUGAUAUUGAAGAGAACGCGCUAUUGACCUACAGGCUAAGUCAAAAUGAGUAUUUUUCUUUAGACUCAUCAACAAAUAGUAAGCAGAUUAAAAGACUGUCACUUAUUUUAAAGAAGUCUCUAGAUAGAGAGAAAACUCCGGAACUUAAUUUGCUACUAACGGCUACAGACGGGGGGAAACCGGAGCUUACUGGCAUUGUUCAGCUGUUAGUCCAAGUCUUGGACGUUAACGACAAUGAUCCAGAGUUUGAUCAAUCAGAAUACAAGGUGAGUCUUAUGGAAAACGCUGCUAAAGAGACUCUCGUGAUAAAAUUAAACGCCACAGACCGAGACGAAGGCGUCAACGGAGAGGUAACAUACUCCUUAAUGUCAGUUAAGCCCAACGGAAGACCCUUAUUUACACUAGAUCAAAAUAAUGGAGAAGUGAGGGUCAAUGGAAUUUUAGAUUACGAAGAAAACAAAUUUUAUAAAAUUGAAGUACAGGCUAUCGAUAAGGGGACUCCCCCAAUGGCAGGUCACUGUACAGUCUGGGUAGAAAUCUUAGACACCAACGAUAACUUUCCUGAAGUCACUGUGACUUCCUUGUCCCUCCCAAUACGAGAGGACACUCAGCCCAGCACGGUCAUUGCCCUGAUCAGCGUGUCUGACCGUGACUCAGGUGUCAACGGACAGGUGACCUGCUCGCUGACGCCCCAGGUCCCCUUCAAGCUGGUGUCCACCUUCAAGAAUUACUACUCAUUGGUGCUGGACAGCGACCUGGACCGAGAGACCGUGUCGGCCUAUGAGCUGGUGGUGACCGCGCGGGACGGGGGCUCCCCUUCGCUGUGGGCCACGGCCAGCGUGUCCGUGGAGGUGGCCGACGUGAACGACAACGCGCCGGCGUUCGAGCAGCCCGAGUACACGGUGUUCGUGAAGGAGAACAACCCGCCGGGCUGCCACAUCUUCACAGUAUCUGCACGGGACGCGGACGCGCAGGAGAACGCGCUGGUGUCCUACUCGCUGGUGGAACGGCGGGUGGGCGAUCGCGCGCUGUCGAGCUACGUGUCAGUGCACGCGGAGAGCGGCAAGGUGUACGCGCUGCAGCCGCUGGACCACGAGGAGCUGGAGCUGCUGCAGUUCCAGGUGAGCGCGCGCGACGCGGGGGUGCCGCCUCUGGGCAGCAACGUGACGCUGCAGGUGUUCGUGCUGGACGAGAACGACAAUGCACCGGCGCUGCUGGCGACUCGAGCUGGCAGUGCGGGAGGCACAGUUAGCGAGCUGUUACCGCGGUCGGUGGGUGCGGGCCACGUGGUGGCGAAGGUGCGUGCAGUGGAUGCUGACUCAGGCUACAACGCGUGGCUUUCAUAUGAACUGCAGCCUGCGGCUGGCGGCUCUCGCAACCUGUUCCGCGUGGGGCUGUACACCGGCGAGAUCAGCACAACGCGUGUCCUGGACGAGGCGGACUCGCUGCGCCACCGCCUUCUGGUGCUGGUGAAGGACCACGGUGAGCCGGCGCUGACGGCCACCGCUACCGUGCUGGUGUCGUUAGUAGAGAGCGGACAGGCGCCAAAGGCCUCGUCGCGGGCAUUGGUGGGCCCCGCGAGCCCAGAGGCUACGCUGGUGGGUGUCAACGUGUACUUGAUCAUCGCCAUCUGCGUGGUAUCUAGUCUGCUGGUGCUCACGCUGUUGUUAUACACGGCGCUGCGGUGCUCCGCUAUGCCCAUUGAGGGCGAGUGCGCUCCCGGCAAGCCCACGCUGGUGUGCUCCAGCGCGGUGGGGAGCUGGUCGCACUCGCAGCAGAGGCGGCACAGGGUGUGCUCUGGGGAGGGCCCACCUAAGACGGACCUCAUGGCCUUCAGCCCUAGUCUUCCUCCAGGUCUGAAUAAAGAGGAGGAAAGGGAAAGACAGGAGGCAGGGUCAAGUCACCCGGGACAGGUGAGUUUUCUACAGAUUUCACCUAUCAGGAAGUGUAUGUGAAAUUAUUUAAAAUCUAGGUUUUUUUUCCACUGAUUUUUUAAGGGAAAGUUUUUAUGACUA